AUGCAAAAUCACUUGGAUCAAAACUUAGAAACUACUAAAAAUUCCUUGCCGAAAUGCAAGGGCCAGAAAGGUAAUGGGGUUGGAUUCAUAGCAUUCUUUAAACUUAAAAACAUGAGGAAGAAGACAUUACUUUUAUCUGCUAAUUGGUUUUGUACAGGACUGGCAUUUUACGCUUUUUCCCAAUAUCUUGGAAUGAUAGGGGGAAAUAUAUUUUUAACUGUCGCUUUAAGUGGUAUUAUUUACGUGCCCGGGGGAUUAGUUUGUCUUUUUGUGGUGGCAAAGGUGGGCCGCAGACCCACCGUGUGGAUAUUUGAAAUCAUAACAGCAUUGUGUUUUGUUUUUAUUUUAAUGACCCCUAGAGACAUUUUUGCAAACGAUUGGCCAAGAUUAGUUUUUGCAGGCAUUGGAUUCGGCGCAAUAGCAGUAAGUAUCUCAAAUAAUUAA